GUCGUCAUCCCUUUUUCCCUCCCCCCUCUCUCUCUCUGAUCUCUCGCUCGUUUCCAUUUUCUCCGUCGUCGUCUUCUCGAAUCCGUUCAAAUGCAGGACUUCUUAGGAUCAGUCCGCCGGUCUAUGGUCUUCCGUACGACCGCCGACGAGGACAACCGAGAGAAUCAUCCUCCAUUAUCCGGCGCUCUCGCUGACAAGAUCACUUCUUGCAUCCGCAAAUCGAGGGUUUUCAUAAAACCCUACUCCCUUUCCCCUUCGCCUCCUCCCCCGGCGUCCCUCCCCGCCACCGUCGAUAUGGCUUCUACGAUCCGGUGGAGGAAAGGUCAGUUAAUCGGUCGCGGCGCUUUCGGUACAGUGUACAUGGGGAUGAAUCUCGACUCCGGGGAGCUUCUCGCCGUCAAACAGGUUCUGAUUGCGGCCAAAUGUGCAACCAAGGGAAAAGCUCAGACUCAUGUUCAGGAGCUUGAGGAGGAAGUGAAGCUUCUCAAGAAUCUUUCCCAUCCUAAUAUAGUCAGAUAUUUGGGAACAGUAAGGGAAGACGAAACCUUGAACAUCCUGCUCGAGUUUGUUUCCGGUGGAUCCAUAUCAUCGCUUUUGGAGAAAUUUGGGGCUUUUCCAGAACCAGUUGUUCGGACGUACACGGAGCAACUACUCUUGGGAUUGGAGUAUCUUCACAAUCAUGGGAUAAUGCAUAGGGAUAUUAAGGGAGCUAAUAUCCUUGUAGAUAACAAAGGAUGCAUUAAACUUGCUGAUUUCGGUGCAUCCAAACAGGUAGCUGAAUUGGCUACCAUUUCGGGUGCAAAGUCUAUGAAAGGAACUCCGUAUUGGAUGGCCCCAGAAGUUAUUCGUCAAACUGGGCAUAGCUUCUCGGCUGAUAUAUGGAGUGUGGGAUGUACAGUUAUCGAGAUGGUGACAGGAAAGGCUCCUUGGAGCCAGCAAUAUAAAGAGGUUGCUGCUAUCUUUCACAUUGGGACGACUAAAGCUCAUCCACCAAUACCAGAGAGUCUAUCUGCUGAUGCUAAGGAUUUUUUGCUUAAGUGUCUACAAGAGGAACCAAAUCUGCGACCAACUGCGUCUGAGCUGCUAAAGCACCCUUUUGUUACGGGCAAACAAAGGGAUUCUGCUUCUGCUGUUCUUGCUUCUAUCAUGGAAAAUUCUAGUACACCUCCACCCUCUCAGCUAAUGAAAAGUUCUACAAUGUCUACAUGUGAUGAUGCGGGAGAUAUAUGUAACCUGGGCAGCCUGAAUUGUUCAUUUUUGUCCCUAGAGCCGUCGAUCCAAAGUGACAAUUUGUGGCAAAAAAAUAAUAAUGACGAUGAAGAUGACGAUGAUAUGUGUUUGAUUGAUUGUGAGAAUUUCUUGACCUUUGACGCAGAGGCUAGCCAUGCCCUUGAGAAGAAAAAUGAUAUUGAGAAGAGCUGUGAUGCCAUGAAAGACAUCUCUGAUGGUUUCAAGUGCAAAUUUGAUGGAAGUCCUGGAAAUGGAGAAAGAGAGUAUAAUAUGAGCGUGGAAGUUGACCAACCGUCAUACUCAGAAGAGGAUGAUGAGCUCACUGAGUCAAAAAUCAAAGCUUUCUUAGAUGAGAAGGCUGCAGAGCUAAAGAAGUUGCAGACACCGCUAUAUGAAGAAUUCUACAACAGUUUGAUCACAAGCUCUCCCAAUUACAUGGAGAGUAAUAGCAACAGCAAUAAACGAGAGGAUACUCCUCAUAGUUUCUUGAAGUUGCCUCCGAAAAGCAGGUCACCCGGUCGAGGUCCUCUUGGUGGAUCACCGCCUUCAAGAGCAACCGACACUUCCGGUAUUUCCAAGAGCCCUGGAAGCAGUGGUAGCCCUGGUGUGUGUAAUAUGCACAAUGCAAGUGAUGAAGCUGCACAAGAAGGUAUUACUCUGUCUGAGAUAGAGAGGAAGUGGAAGGAAGAGCUCAACCAAGAACUGGAAAGAAAGCGGCGAGAGAUCAUGCGUCAAGCCGGGAUAGGGUCAUCUCCGAGGGACAGAAGCUUGAGCCGACAGAGAGAGAAGUCAAGAUUCGCAUCUCCUGGCAAAUGAGAUGUCAGCAAAAAAAAAAGCCAGCGAUUUUGACCCUUUCUCUCUCGAGGCUCAUACCGUUCCUCAAGAAAUGAUCACCUCGUUUUCAGACUUCGGUUUUCAGUCUCUUGAUUGCUCGACUAGUAUAUAUAUGUAUGUAUGUAUGUAUCUCUUGUUUUGUGUUGAUGAGCAGCUGCAAGAAGAAACAGAAACUCGGAUGUUUGUUGAAAUUUUGUUUCCAAACACAGGGAGUUGUGGCUCUGUGAAAAAAAAUUGGAAAAACUGAAUUGUAUUUUUUUUUUUUAAUGCA